CAGGGCAGGUGGCAGCAGUUGUCAUGGAGAUAACCGCAGGCCCGGCGUCGGCGCGCGGGGUUGUUUCCAUGGAGAUCCCGCCGCGAGGUGAGCUGGCAGCGGUGGAGGAGGACGAGGACCGCGGGCAGACGAGCACCGAAGAGCGGCUCCAGCCGACCUCCCGCCCGGGAAACUUUUACAUGCUCAUCGUGAUCGGAGAGAUCGCGACAGAGCACCAGCUGCACGCCGCCAGACAGCACAUAGAGCGCGGUAUCCGUUCCUGGGACAUCAGUGUGUCAGAAUGUAACCUGGACCAACAACUGCAGCUUUUCAUAACCAGACAUUCCGCCCAGUUCUCAGCCGAGGUCAGAGGUCAAAGGACUCUGCACCACAAAAGUGAUGUUCUUCAAACGGUUGUAUUAGUAAACCCAUCAGAGGAUACUGUUAUCUCUGAGAUCCAUUGUCUUAUAUCUGACCCAGCUGUGCACAAGCUGCUGGUCCUGAGUGGGCAGAGUUCUGACCAAGGUGACCUGGUUCUGCAAACUGGAGUGUUCAGUCAUCAAACCUUCUCACGUGUGUUUGCUGAUCCUGGGGUCAGUAAUUUGCUGGUUAAAGCCAGCUCUGGACAGCGGGCAUCACUGACAGUGUCUUGCCGUGGUGAGGCAGGCUGGAGCUCUGUGGGGCAACAGCAACGCAUUAGGGAGUUGCUGAAUUAUAGGCUUAAUCCAGAGCCCAUACUCCCUAAGAUGGAGGGGGUCACUGAGUUUACCGAAUACAUAUCUGAGACUGUGGAUGUACCAUCCCCAUUUGACCUUCUUGAGCCUCCAACCUCUGGAGGAUUCCUAAAGCUUUCAAAGCCUUGCUGCUACAUCUUUCCUGGUGGACGGGGGGAUUCUGCGCUUUUUGCUGUCAAUGGUUUUAACAUUCUGAUUGAUGGGGGCUCUGACAGAAGGUCAUGCUUUUGGAAGCUUGUCAGGCAUUUAGAUCGUAUUGAUUCCAUUCUUCUUACCCAUAUUGGUGCUGAUAAUCUUCCAGGGAUCAAUGGACUCCUUCAAAGGAAGGUUGCAGAACAGGAGGAAGAACAGUCUCAAGGCUCAACCACCUAUAGUGAUUGGAUGAAAAACCUGAUAUCACCCGAGCUUGGAGUUGUGUUCUUUAAUGUACCUGAGAAGCUUCGCACAUCAGAAUCAAAUUUGAAAGUCAAGCGAAGCAUUGAGGAAGCCUCUCUUACAUUGCAAUACCUCAACAAGUUAGGAAUUAAGCCUGAGCCUCUUUUUCGAGUGGUUAGUAAUACCAUCGAGCCCAUCACUCUUUUUCACAAAAUGGGUGUGGGGAGGUUAGACAUGUUUGUCCUGAACCCUGUGAAGGACAGUAAGGAAAUGCAGUUCCUCAUGCAGAAGUGGGCAGGAAACAGUAAGGCAAAGACAGGGAUAGUGCUUCCCAAUGGAAAAGAGGGAGAAAUAUCUGUACCGUAUUUGACAUCUAUUACUGCUCUCGUUGUAUGGCUCCCUGCCAACCCUACAGAAAAAAUUAUCAGAGUUUUAUUUCCAGGAAAUGCACCACAGAACAAAAUACUUGAAGGGCUUGAAAAGUUAAAGCACCUUGAUUUCUUGCGGUAUCCAGUAGCCACCCAAAAAGACAUAAAUUCUGGCGUUGCACCUUCAGCUGUAAAACAAACAAAGUUAAAGCAAAGAACUGACAGCAAAGAAAGUCUCAAGUCAUCUCCCAAGACCCAAGCACCAGCUAAGCCUUUUAAGAAAGAAACCGAAGAGCAGGAGGAUGUAUCCAUUGUCGACAUAAAGAGUGACUCUGUCAAUGAGAACAAGAUUGAGAAAAAAGAAGAAAAGAAGCACACCAAGCCACUAAAAUCAAAAGCAGAUGUGACAGAAAAGAAAAAAUUAUUAAAGGAGAAAACAUUGAAAAAACACCCGAAGGAAAGGUUGUCUAAAAUGGAUGAAAAGAAAGACAAAGAAAAGAGGGAAGUUAAAAAAGAAAAACGGGAAAUUAAAAAAGAUGAUUCUGUGAAAAAAGAUGAGAAAAAGUUUAAAACCAAGGAUCCUUCAAAACCUGAACUGAGAAAAAUAACUAAACCUGACCUGAAACCUUUUACACCAGAGGUCAGAAAGACUCUUCACAAGGCUAAAACCCAAGGGAAACCCAAAACAAUAAAGAGCAAACCUACAACUGCCAAGGUAGAGAGUGCAGAGAUUGUGGCUAGACCAGUGGCUGAGAAGACUGAGCCUGAGAAACCAGAAAAAGGGAUAGGAGAGGUAAUAUCUGCUCCAUCUACUACAGAGGAUUUAACAAAAGACUUUGAUGAAAUGAGGCCUACUGAAACUACAGAUCUGUCUGAAGCUCCUAAAAGUGUCCUUACUGUCUCUGAUUUACCAACUGAAAGAGACAAUGAAACUUCAAAUGCUGCACAGGAGCAAGAGCAAGGUCAUGUUACAGAAACCGAUAUUGUGGAACGAAAAACUACAGAGAAAGAAGCAGCACCAUCAGCAGAAACCCAAGAAGUGCCAUCAGCAGAAGUGAAAGAACAACCGGAUGAGACCCAAACAUCAGAAUUGGAGAAAUUUGAGGAUGAGGGUGCUGCAAUUGAAGAUGAAGAUGAGGAGGAGGCUGAGAUACAGCCUAUUAAGAAGAAGACAGAGGAGGAGGAGGAGGAGGAGGAGGAAGACAUGGGAAUAGGAGAUGAAGAGGAAGAAGGGGCAACAAAGGAAACCAAAGAUUUAGAGAGCGUGGACAGAAAACAUGAAGUUGAGGAAAUGGAGAAGCAAAAACAAGUGGAGGAAAGAAAGACUGAAGCUGAAGAAGAACAGUUUGAAGAAGAGGAUGUGAUUGAAAAAGCUGAGCUAGAGGAGGCAGAGGAUUUGGAUGCCAUUGCAGAUGAAGAAAUAAAGGAUUUCUCUGCUGAGAAAGUCAAGGAAGAAGAGGAUGCAUACUUAUCAAAUGUUGGAGGUGUUACAGCUGGCAUUACCUCUACAGCCCAAGGAGCUGCAGCAGCAGAAAACUUAUCAUACAUUCAGGAUGAAACUAUCCCUGGUUACUCUGAGACUGAACAGACCAUCUCAGAUGAGGAGAUCCAUGAAGAAGCAGAAGACAGGAUACCACACCUUCAAUAUGAGGUUGGUAGCUAUGAUGUUUCCGUCCCAGACCAACCUGGUUCCUUUGAUGCCAUCCAUGGAAUGAGAGAAAUGCAAGCUGCUGCAAUGGGAAAUGGAACAGGCAAAGUAUUGAUUGGAGCACAGGAGCCACCUAUUUCCAUCUACACCAGCAUACUUGCAGCACCACUAGCUGAAGAAGAACAUGUUUCUUCAGCAACGUCUAUAACGGAGUAUGACAAACUGUCUUCUUUACCAACUUCAGUUGCAGAAGAUCAUUCAGUGGCAUCUGUCACAGCACCUCAGACUGAGGACACUGGUAAAAGUUCCCUUGUCUUGGAUACUGUUCAACCAGUUACCCAGACUGAGGCUACCCAAGGAAAAGACUACCUACAUUCAGCUGGAACCAUCUCACCAACAUCCUCCAUUGAGGAAGACAAGUGUUUCAAGUCAUCUCCCUCUGAGGAAUCUCCACCACUUCCCUUAGAAGGCAAAACUGAGGGAAUUGAGAUGGCUGUCCAUUACGGUGAUGAAGAGGAGGAUGACUAUGAGGAUCAAACACCAAAUGUUGACAUUUCACUUGGAAAGUUACAAGAAGCAUAUGCCUCACCUGAUAAACUUGAACACAAGGAGAAAGAAAUGGACAAACCCAAAAGUCCUGUGCCUUUAGUUCCUGAUACUUCAUCUGAUGAAAAAUCCUCACCACCUGAGGUGGAGAAGGCAUUAGUAUCACCUUCUAGGGAGGACUCAUCUUUUGAAGUACAAACAAUAUUUUCUUCCCCAUCGCACAGUGUUUCUAAGCUUCCCGUUACUGAAGCUAGUGUUUUUCCAGAUGUGGAAGACCGAUGCAUUAGCCCUGAUGACAGCACAGUAAAAAUGGCUUCCCCUACACAUUCUGGACCACCUAGUGCAUCUCACUCUCCCCUCAGAAUGUCACCUGUGGAAGGAAAGGAUACAAUUCUCCUUAAAGAAACUCAUCAAGAACCAGGAGUGCCAAUUAGCUCCACUGAAAUUGAAACUGAAAAAGAUAGUGUAAAACAAAAAACUGGUAUUUUAGAUGAGAAAGAAAUACCUCAAGCAGAGGAGGAAGUAAAGGAGAGAAUCCAGGAAGCAACCGCUGCAUCAUCCCCACUCAUUGAUGAUUUAGCAGCUAAAAAAGAAAGUCUACCAGUUCUACCAUCAAAAGAAUUAAGUGAUACAAAGUUAAUGCCUGAUCCAGGUGUUGAAAAGAAGGGUGAAGAUGAAGAGGACUUAAAAGAGAGCAGCAAGGAUGUAGUUCUUGAGGAUAAAGAUACCAAAUUAUCUGAUGAUCAUGCCGUUGAAGAAACUUGUGAUUUAAAAUCGUCUACAGACAAAGAAGAGAUAAAGGAGAAAGACAAGGAGGGUGAGAGAGAUGAUACUGAAGGGAAACACAAGGAGGAAGACCAAUUAUUAAAGCAUGCUGAGGUUACAGAUAAAGGUGAUGUAAUAUCAAAACCAGAAAAGGCAUCACCCUCUAAAGAGGAUUUUGAUAAGAAAAAUGCAAAUGUAGAAGAGUUUCAAGAAAAGAGUUUUCCAGCAGUUCUGGAAAGUUCUGAAAUAGAAAAACAGGAGAAAGAAAAAGAAGAAAUUCAGUCAGAGAAAGACAAAAUAUUUUCUAAAUUGGACAAGGAACCCAAAGAGAAAGAUCUCACUGAUAUAUCUUGUCAGUCCAUAGAAAGCCUAGAUAUCACAACAGAAAUAUCAACAUCUCAUGAAGUAGCCAAAGCGUAUAUGGAGACACAGGACACUGUAGAGACAGAUGUAAAAACGAAACCGGAAAAAACAUCUGAACAGAAAUCGGAAUCAACUGAUAUUACACCUGAACAGGUGGCUUUGGAGGAAACUGAUUCAUAUGUCUGUAUAAGCCCAUUUAAAGAAGACACAGAUGGCCUCAAAUCUCAAAUACAAGAGUUAAAUGGAAAAACAGAUGUUACACUGAAAGCUGAGGAAAAGAUAGAAAGUAAAAGUGUGGCUGGAAUGACAAAUGAGAAAAUGAUUUCAGCUGACAAAGAACAUGAAGACUCUAGGGAUACAAAUAUAGAGAAAGUCAAAUCUGUGAUACCAGAGCAAAUUUCCCUUUCACAACCAGAUGUUCAAUCUACAGAGAUGCAUGUAGACGUGUCCAUUAUAGAAAAGGAUAUGUCUCCUAAAGAAGAUCAAGAAUCUAAAGGGAUUUCAGCACAAGAGAUGAAACCUCAUAUAUUAGAGACAACUCCAAGUAAGACUGAAAUUACUAGUAAACAAGAUGAAGACUUAAAGGAGAAGUUAUUGGAAGAAACUCAAACCACACAACAUUUACAAAAAGCAGAUGUAUUACACAAAGAAGAGCCUCAAAUAACCCAUUCCAUAAUUUCACAGGACACAGAUGAAACUAGUCAAGAUAUGGAAACUGUAGAGGAUGCUAAAUCCAAAACACAAAUUUCCAUUUCCAAAAUGGAUUCCUUACCAACAUUAGACCAGGAACCUAAAGACGAACAACCAGAAUUGAGCCAUGGUCAGGUUUUGUUGUCUGAAUCUGAGAAAUUAGAUUUGUUCUCUAAAGCUGAUCAGGACCAGAAAAACAAAGAGUUUGUGAAGCUAACUAGCAAAUCAGAUGAAGAGUCUACAGAGUAUCAGACUUAUGAAAAAAGAGAUCCACAUACUAUGUCUAAAUCUGAUUUAGAUUCUGAAGUGAAGAGUGGACCCCAGAUAACAACACCAGAGAAAGAAGAUGUGCAAGCUAAAGAGGAUGAAAUAAGCAAAGGCAUAUUUGUCAAAUCUGAACAGCCAGUUAAGAUUGAAGACAUUCCCUCAAAAGCACACGAACCUAAAGAUAAGUGUGUGGUGGAUGCUCAACUUCAGAUAUCUACAGAUCAAUCAGUAUCUGAUAGUGCUGCUGCUAAAAAUGACCAACACUAUGAAGAAAAACACGCUGAAGAGAUUAAAACUGAAGAACCUCAACUAAGCAUUGCACCAACUGCCACAAAACAAGAACUAACUGUGGAAGAAAAGCCAGAACAGAUUCCAACAGAAUCAAAAACUGUGGAUUCAAAAUCAGAACAAGAUACUUUAGACACACUAAAGAAAACAGAUCUUCCUAUUGCAGAAGAUGAAACAGCUGAUUUGAAAAUAAGCAAAGAGUCUGAGGAGAAAUUAACAAAAGAAGAUGCAUCAAAACUGGUGUCAGAUGAAUUAGACCACAAAAUGGACUUGGGAGCUAAACCAAAAUCUUUGAUAGAAUCUUCAGAAAAAAUACUUGAGACCUCAGAUCUCAGUUGUAAAGAAAAAGUGGAAUUGAAAGUUGAAACUAAAGGAGAUAUCAAACAAGACACAUCAUUACAUGAAACAGACACGUUUCCAUCGUCAGACAUUGGCUUCAAAUUAAAUUUAGAUUAUAAAGAAAAAUUCAUUGAAGAAGCCUCGACUGUGGAGAAAACAAAAGACACCAAGUCAACAUUUGAAACUACGUUUCCAACAAAAUUUUCAGAUGAAGAUGAAAGUACCGAGGAAGAUGAAGGAGAUGCUGUUUGUAUGGGAGGGGCUGGUUCAAGACCAUUAUCAGUGGAACCUUGGAAGUAUGAAGAACCAAGGGCAAGCAGUUCUCCACAACCACCUGAGACAAGUAUGAAAAAAGAGGAAAUUGUGGCCCAUUCAGAAGAUAUAGAUUUGACUAGGCAUUCCAGUGUAACAUCACCUGAACCAGAGAAGGAGUGUAAGUUUGAUACCACAUCACUUACACCUUCUACUACAGAUACAAGUAUUAAAGCUGUCCCAGAGACUCUAACUGAGAGCAAACCAACAAGUAUUACACUGCCCAGCUCUGAUAGACAGGCAAGUGUUGAGGAUGACCAACAUGAAAUAUUGCUCCCUUCAAAGGAAUCUGUAAAACCUGAGAAGGAGGCUGAGAGGGAAAGGGAAGGAGAACGUGAGAUUGCCUCUCCAGGGUUAGAGUCACUUUCUGAUUUUCAAAAGACUGGCAGUGCUGAUGAGAAAUGUGCUGAAAAGUCUGAUAGUGAAAAAAUGAAAUCUGAUGACAAGAUGACUUAUGAAGUGGAAAAAGAAAAUUAUGAAGCUUCUAAAUAUGAGCCAUAUGAAAAGCCUGUUUCAAAAGACACUGAGAAAGGAAGAGAGGAAGUGGAACAGUACCCGAGUCUGGAUAGAGAUUUAGAUGACAACAGAAAAACAAGUCAAGCCACUUUGCUUGGAGCUGCUUGUUCAGUAGAGGAACAAAGUGAUGAAGAGCCAGUGUCCUUCAGCAAGGUUGAUUACCAGACCUUACCAAGUAUUCACAGCAGCCACAGUGCCUACUCAGAGCAAGACAAUAAGGAGCGAUACCAAGAAGAAGAACUGGUUAGCGAAGAGAGACCAGAUCUUUUUGUUGACAAUAGUCUUACAUCUGACAGCAAAGCCAUUUCGGCAACAGGUUCAAGUUUCUUUGCUUCUAGUGAUUUGCAAGACAAAUCAGAGAAAUUGGAGAGAGAAGAGAAGGAGAAGGAGAAAGAGGACAGACAUUCUCCUAUUCAAGAAAAAGAUGCUGGAAGUCAUGUUAAAUUGCCAGAAAAAGAGCCAUGUACAUCUGCUUCCAGUCUUUCAAAACCUGAUACGCUAGAGAAAGACCAUAAAACAGAAGAAACAUCGGCAAUGCCUCAUUCAGAGGACCUAGACAAGACCAAAACCCAUGUGACUGAAGCCUCCCAUAUACAAGGGCUUCUUACAUCAUCACAAGAUAAAAGUCUUCAGAGUCUAACAACUUCGUCAACAUCUGCUUCUGAUGAGAGAAAAAUGGAUAGUCCAAUUUCAUGUGAAGGUAACAUAGAUAAAAACAAACUGGAUUCAGCUGAAAGCCAAAGUGACCCGUUUUCUUCUGGUCGAUACUCACCACCUGAAAAGGACAUGCUUCCUGCCAGGUUAUCACCUGAAGAUCCCAGCACCGCCGAUCCUGGUUCUUCAGGGCAGUCCAUGAAAGUCGAUGACAACGUUCUUGCCCUUGAGUGCUCUGGAAAAACAGAUACUCUUUCCAGCAAGUCACUGCUUGUGAGUGCAGAGACAGAGGAAGGCUUGGUCAGAAGCCAAAAAAUAUUUGCAGAAGAAGAGGAUGAUUAUGAUGAGGAGGAAGAGGAAGAUGCAAGUGACUUGGAUAUUGAAAAGGGUGCCAGAGAAAUGUCUGAAAAAGAGACCAAAGUAGAAUUUGAUACCAUGACUACAUCUAAACCACUUGAAACAAAACAAGAAGAUACUGUUGGUUCCUUAGCAUCUGGUGCAUCUGCAGAAGAUCUACAGACAGAUACAGCUGUUGAUUCAUCCACAAAAAAGUCCCCCAUAACAGAGCCUUUAUCAGUACUUGCAGAGCACAUGGAUGUAAUCAGCAAGGAGGAUGAACAGUCCAAGAAAAAAGAUACUUGUUCAGUCAAAUAUGACAUACCAAAACUCAGCGAUGACAAACAUGAACCACAGAAAACAUCUGAUAAAAAGCCUGAAUUGACUGAAACCCAAGCUGUUGCUCAAUCAGCCAUGUCUGAUGCAACUUACUCAUCAUCUUCAUCCUUUAGUUACUCUUCCUCAACAUCUGCCUCAUAUUCAACUGGUCAACACCUUGGAGAAGGCCUAGAAACAUUGGUUAAUAUUCCUAGUGUCCAAUUACGAUCAGAUGGAGACAGUAUAUCAUAUGAGUACUCAUCGCUAAAAGAGGAAGAGUCGCCCAUUAUGGAUUUACCAUAUUUAAAAAAAGAUGAAUACAUGGAAGUCACAGACCGAAUGACACCUGCUACAACUACAGCUGAAUCAAUAUCUAGUCUUGCCAGGUUUUCUCCUCUCAGUCCCUUGGAGGAAUCCAAAUCGUUUCUUCAAGAUCAAACUUCAUCAGCAGAGGAAAAGUCAGAGGAGGAGAUGUCGAGCAUUAAAUCUGAAAGAGAUCAAGUCUCUCUUCAAAAACAUAUAGUAGAGCCACAUUCCUCAAAGUCACCUGAAUCAGCAUCUUCUGAGCAUGCAUCUCACCCAACUGAGGUGGCAUCUGUGACAUCUCUUAAGUUUGACAUUGCACCUUUGGAGAAGGCUGACUCUACAGACAAACAGUCGCAGGAGAAAUCCUCUGAUGAUGAGCCUGAGGACAAAAGCAAUUUUGAGGAAGGAACCUUGCCGUGUAGAAUUGAAUGUGAAAGAUCUCCAGCUACUGAAAAAUUAAGUACAGAAUCUUUGCCAGAGCCACAUGCUGAUGCAAAACCCUCAACCACAUUACAUUCAUUUGAUAUACAAACCACAGAUGGACCAACAGAAAUGACAAGUUCUCAGAAGGAGCCAGUCACAACAUGUUGGCCUCUCAGUACUAACACACAAAGUGAACAAAGCAUCAAGCAAGAAGGGGCAGAGAAGUCUGUGGAAAUUAAAGACUUGCCUGAAAAAGUACAGGAGGGGGUUGAAAUGAAAGUAGUAAAAGUUAGCAAAAUGGAAUACGAAGAGGAGCAUGAGACAGAUGGGAAAGGAGAAGUAAAACAUAAAGCAAUGGAGGAAGAACAGAUACAACCUGAAAAGAUGGUUGAAGUGAAGUCAGAAAAAAUGGGAGAGAGCCUAGAUGAUGGCAAGAAGUCAGAGCAGCAGAGUGAUAGUGAAGGAAAACUGGAGCAGACAAAAGUAAAGAAAGAGGUAGAACAAAUUGAAACAACUGUAGAAAAGGAAUGUAAAGAAAAAAAGGAAGAGAAUAAAGAGCAAACAGAAGAAAAGAUGAUGGAAAAAGACAGCAAAAAAACAGAUACACUUGAGUCCAGCCAGUAUAGUGCCUUUGAGUCCACAAUGCAGCAUGAAGAGAUUGUCUGCCUAAAGGCUCCACCUGGCUAUGGAGAAGAUGAGGAUAUUAAAAGAGGCAAAGGGGGAUGAAGAGGAGGAUGUGAAGUAUGAUUCAAAAGAACGCCCACCAACUCCACUAUCAGGAGCACAUGCUUGUUGUCCUGAGGUCUCCAAAAAGUCAGAUGAGGAAUUCACUCGUCCCUCUGAUCUUAGCAUGGAGGCCAUGUCCUCACAUU